UCCACCAUGGAACUGAGCAAACUCUGACUAUUUCUUUCGAUUCAAUGUUUUCUUCCACACUUCUCAUCAUUCUCAUCAUUUAUCCUCAUCUUCAUCAUCAUUCUCUCAUCCUAAUCAUCUUCAUCUUUUCCUUUCUGUUCACUUUUCCUUAAGUCUUUAGAUUGUAGUUUUAUUUAUCAAGGCAUAAAUAACCUUAAAUUGUAUUAAAUUUAUACUCAGUUUGGUUCAAUCGUCAAUUAAAAUUGUUGCAAAUUGUAUCAUCUCAUGUAAUUGAAAAUUUGGGAAUAAAAAAGAUUGCAAUCAAAAUUUCAUUUCCAUCAGAAAAAAGUGAAAAAUUGAUGUUUACCAACAAUUUUUGUUGUUUGUUCAAAGUGAUUUUGGAUUAAACUGUUGAAAAACACUUUUUCCACCCAAAAAUGAGCUUUAAUUGUUCAUUGGUAAACAAUUGCUCCAACUAUUUAUCAACAUGAAAAUUAACCAAGUAAAUUGAACAAUAUCUAACAAUAUCAAACAACGAACCUGAAAAGUCAAAAGGAGAAACUAAAAGUGUAAACAAAAGUUUAACCCAAAUUAUUCAAUGAACAAUCCAAGUUUCCUUCAAUCAUCAUACAUCUUUAUGCUGAUUACUUUUUUCAAUCUCAACCAAGAGUGCCAUGGUGGUCCACAUGAAAGACGUUUACUAUCCAAUUUACUGUAUGAAUAUAAUCCACUUGAAAGACCAGUUAUCAAUGAAUCCGAGCCAAUUCUUGUGAGCUUUCAUUUAACAUUACAACAAAUAAUUGAUUUGGAUGAAAAGAAUCAAAUUUUACAGUCUAGCAUUUGGCUGAACAUGGAAUGGAUUGACACUAAUUUACGCUGGAAUACAAGUGAAUAUCCUGGAGUUAAAAAUAUCCGAAUAUCGGCCAGUAAAGUUUGGACACCUGAUGUGCUUUUAUACAAUAGUGCCGAUGAUAAAAUUGAUUCAUCAUUGCAUACAAAUGUGGUCGUUGAGAGCAAUGGAAGCUGUUUGUGGGUUCCUCCAGGCAUCUUCAAAAGUACAUGCAAAGUAGAUAUAACAUGGUUUCCUUUUGAUGAUCAAAAAUGUUUAUUAAAAUUUGGUUCCUGGACAUAUGAUGGACUUGCCUUGGACUUGAGAUUGUCUAAUGAAGAAGGUGGUGAAAUAUCAACUUAUAUACCUUCUGGUGAAUGGAUAUUGAUAGGUGUUCCAGCACGAAGAAGAGUCCUUCAAUAUGCUUGUUGCCCUGAAACUUAUGUCGAUAUAACAUUUACCAUUCACAUUCGUCGACGAACUUUGUAUUAUACUUUUAACCUAAUCGUUCCUUGUGUUCUUAUAUCCUCAAUGACUCUUCUCGGGUUCGCCCUUCCACCCGAUUCAGGGGAAAAGUUGACUCUUGGUGUAACCAUUUUACUCUCAAUGACCGUGUUCAUGCUUCAGCUAAGUGAAACACUGCCACCAACUUCAGAAUCAAUCUCAAUCAUAGGAACUUAUUUUGCUUGUAUCAUGAUUAUGGUUGCAUUUUCCGUUGUAAUGACUGUUGUUGUCCUCAAUUUUCAUCAUAGAGCAACAUCAGAAUAUCAAGAGAUGCCUCCCUUGGUUCGUCGGGUUAUUUUGGUCUGGCUUCCAUGGAUUUUAAGGAUGGAAAAGCCUGGCAUUCCUAAGCCACCUCCAUCAACCAGUAAAACCAAAAGUGGGACAAACGUUAAUGUUGAACUUUCCACUUCGUGUCCAACCAAUAAUCUGAGUAUGCCAUUGAACAAAGGUCAACAAUCAAGCCAUUCCAAUGCUCACACAUGCAGACCUGGUGACCUUAGUUAUACAAUAAGCUCAAAUUUAAAAGGUUACUGUGAUCCAAUUGGUCGUCUUAAUAACUUCCAGCAUAAUCAUCAUAAUCAUCAUCAUCACCUGCUGCAUCACCAUGCAUCCAAUCACACGACUCCUAAUAAGCAACAUUGGAAUACCAUUCAGUCAGCGGCAAGCGAAGGGGCCCUUCACUUGGGUUGUCAUGAGGGUCUCUCAACUGGUCUUGAUGAUCACUUGACUAACUUGAUAGGCAAUCGUACCUCACUUUGCUUGUGCUGCACUGCUCAUCAGCAACUUGCAUCAGCCAACAUGGCCAAUGUGCCAAUGCCAACCAAUAAUCCUACCAAUGUUAAUAAUAUUGUUAAUAAUAAUAAUAGUAAUAAUGUUAAUAGUAAUAAUUUAAGUUUAAAAAGUAAUCAACUCAAGUAUGGGACGACACUGUUUGACCCAAGUGGAGCUGCCAGUUGUCCCGGUUAUAAUGGUUUACCUUGUGAUCAACUUAAUCUAGAGCCAGGUUCACUUGAAGCCGAGGACUUGAAUGAUGGAGCCAGAGGUGGGACUAGCCUAGGUUUGGGUCUUGGUGAUACUGAAGGGACCACAUCGUUGCUCAAUGAGUCCCCCGGCCAUCAUCAAGUUGACUAUUCACAAAGUCAACCUUGUUGUUCAUUCAUUUGCAAAGGUCGCGAGAUCAAUGCCAUUCUCAGAGAGAUACGAUUCAUUACCAAUCGAAUGAGAAAAGAAGAUGAAAUUGAAGAAAUUAUCGGUGAAUGGAAAUUCGCAGCCAUGGUCAUGGACAGAUUAUGCUUAAUAGUCUUCUCAUCCUUCACGGCAAUAUCAACAGCAGCCUGUCUGAUUCCGCCAGCAAAUCUUCAUUAACCAAACUAAUAGUAACUAAAACCCAAUCAGCCAAAGUUCAACAAAAGCACACAAAGUUUCUCAAAAAAUCUCAAAACAAUAAUCACCAAAACUAACUUUACCUGAAAUUACUCAAUGAAACUUGCCAAAAGUCCACAAGUCAAUGAAAACCCAAUUUAAUACCAAAAAGAAUCCAAAAUUUACCCAAUAAUGCAAUGAAAUAAAGACAACAUUCAAUGAACGAAAACGAUUAAAAUUUUUAGUAACCAAGAA